AUGCAGCACGCUUGGGCCCGUUUGGGGCAAUGGCGUCCCUCCAACGUGUCUGGCCCCUCGACACGCCCGUGGAUUAAGCUAAUCCCAAGCCUUGUUCAACCUUCAGUCAUCGGUUGUUCUCCACCGCUGCUUCAUUCAUCCGGAUAGUGAUGUCAUCGGCGCAUACUUGGAUCCCCAGCUCAAUCGCCAUCCCUUACAUCACCGCCACGUUUGCCCUGCUCGUCUCGAUCGUGGCGCUCAUGAACUUCCUCUGGCGUCGUCGGAUUGACUUCUCCGGCAAGGUGCGUCGCCUUUGAGGCUGUGCGAGCGAGCACAAGGGGGGCCAGAAUGACAUGUACGGAUACUGAUGCAUUUCCACUGAUGUCCCCUACGCAUCUAGCACUGCUACAUUGGCGGAGGCUCUGAAGGGCUCGGACUUGCGCUCGCCUGCUUGCUUGUGGAGCGCGGCGCCCACGUCUCGAUCGUCUCGAGAAGCAAAGCAAAGUUAGAUGCGGCCCUUCCACGCAUAGAGGUGGGUUCUGAGACAUUGGGCUGGGUGCUGAGCGUAUGGCCCGGCUUGUAGCUUUUGCCGCAGCGAGUGCUGAGUUCAUUGGUGUGCACCACCAAUCAACCCAGACCCACCGCCAAUCACCGAGCCAGCACAUCGCCUCUUACUCGUGCGACCUCACUUUGGCCGACGAUGCCGCAGCAGCCCUCAAUUUGGCGUGUGAAACGUUUGGAACGGCGCCAGAUUUUGUCUUUGCUUGCGCUGGCGGGGCGGUCCCCGGGCUCUUUGCCGACCUCGAUGCCGAGCGACACUGGCAAUGUUUGCAGUGGAACUUCAAGACCGCACUUUGCACAAUUCAUGAGGCCACGCGACGUAUGCGACAAGAAGGGAGACCGGGACAGAUCGUAUUGACAGCCAGUAUCUUGGCUAUGAUGGGGUUUGCGGGCUACUCGUCUUACACGCCAAGCAAGUACGCAAUUAGGGGUACGCCCCCCGCGCUACUUUUUGCCAGAUUCCACCGCCGUCGCUCAUGUGUUGUUGAUCCGUCUUGCGUUCAGGACUGGCGGAGAGCCUUCGGAACGAACUUCAGAUUUAUGGCAUUUCAGUCCAUCUGUUCCUGCCUGCAACGAUCCUGUCACCCGGCUUUGUCGAGGAGCAGAAACUCAAACCCGCCAUCACCCGCAGAAUCGAGGGACCUGACGAGGGCCAGACUCCCGAGGUGGUAGCAGCGCACAUGGUUCGAGGUGAGCAACGCGCCGGGACUAUAACUGCCCGGCUCUCCAUCUGUUGGUGAUCUCUUACCGCCUGCUCUCUCUCAUAUGAUCAGGCUUGGAACGAAACGAUUUUUACAUCACGUAUGAGCCUGUGGGGCACAUGCUGCGAAAUAGUCGCGGCAUCACCCCGCGGAACAAUGCACUAAUUGAUACGCUGUGGGGUAUUGCCGGCACGGUAGGCUUGUAUUAAUUGGCCGCAGCACAUAAUCGAGAAGCUGAUCGGGCAUUCCUUUGUCUUCGACUAAUCUGCUGCAGAUCGCCCUUCCAAUCUGGCGCAUGUUAUCCCCCGACAGCGAGGUUCGAGCGGAGGCCAAGAGAGUCUUGAGUGCGCGCAAGAUGCAACUGGGCUCUAACUAG